UAUUGCCCGAAUGCCUGUUGUUUUUGUCAUUUGUGUCUUGCAAUCGUGCGAUUUGUUAUACUUUCGAACUUGAAUAUAUCGCUCAUUCGUACGUGCUUUGCCGGAAAAUUUGUUGAUUGGAGAAAAUGCCUGAUUCACCGCCUGCACAUGGAGAAGGAGACGAUGAAAUCCAAGUCAUUUCUACGAAGCCGGAUUUUUACAAUCGUUUUUAUCAAGGCUUUAUGGAAACGAUGCAGGAGGAUGCAAGCCUUGAAGAACUGGAAAGGCAGAUCACUAGACGUGGUAUGGAAGUCCCAAAUAAUUCUGAAACCCGAAUGGAUACCACAUCGCCGCCCCAAAGCAACAAUGACGAUCCAGCUGGCAAAAAAUCGACAACCUCGCCAAAUGAAGAUGUAAAAAUGCUGAAACGAACGAAGAAGGCGAUGGUUCCCUUAUCCUGUAAAAGAAAACGCCUAGCUGCAAAGCUUCUAAAACAAGAGGCGAAACAUCUAGCUAAAGCAGCUUACUACCGAAAUGAAUAUGAAAAAUUGGAAAAAUUACCCCUAAUCCCGGAUAUUGAAAUUGACGAUAGCUGAAAGUGAAGUCAUUGCACUCUCCAAUGACGAAACUAAAAGUUCUGAUGCUGGAAGCGAAGUUGUUACUUUAUCUGACGACGAAAGCGCAAAAUUUGAUGCUUGAAGCAACGUCAUUUUAAACUCCGCUUCUUCAAGUGUUCUUGCGAAUUUUAUUGUCACUUAUGUUGUCUUCGCUUCCAGCUUCAAUACCCGGGAUUAGGGGUAAUUUUUUCAAUUUUUCAUAUUCCUUUCGGUAUUGCGCUGCUUUAGCUAGUUUUUUUGCCUCUUGUUUUUGAAGCUUUCAUAUUCCUUUCGGUAUUACUCUGCUAUAUAGCUAGAUUUUUUGCCUCUUGUUUUUGAAGCUUUGCAGCUAUAGGCGGCCUUCUUCUUUCGUUUCAGCAUUUUUCAAUUUUUUUUUUUAAUAUGGUGUGGAUGUGGUUUUGGUAAUUGGUUUUGUAAUAGGUAAUACUUUUUUUUGAGGUAGUGGUGGUUUUUGAUAUGAAAAACCAUUUCAGAUUUUCAAAUGGUUUUCGUGGUUGUGGUGGUUUAUUCCACCUCCACUUUUCAAAUCAGCUGUCUCAUUGUACCCUGCAGGGCUUAAAACCAUUUGGAUUAUAUUGGUUGUUGUGGUAGGUGGUUUUUAAAGGACUCAAAAAUAAUGGUUUUUGGUUAUGGUUUCUGAAUUGGUUUUUCAAUCACAGUUUUUCUGGUUCUGGUUUUGAAAUGAUUUCAAUUUUUUUUUAAUAUGGUGGGUGUGGAUGUGGUUUUGGUUUUGUAAUAAUACUUUUUUUUGAGGUAGUGGUGGUUUUUGAAAUGAAAAACCAAUUUCAGAUGUACAAAUGGUUUUCAUGGCUGUAGUGGUUUUGAUAUUUUCAAAUAAAUUUACCAAAAAACUAAUUAAGGUACGAGUAUUGUCUGAUUUGAGACCAAUAAACAGAAAAUUGCCAUCACUGGUGUGGAAAAAUUGAAGAAAAUUGCAGAAACCAAAAAGAAUUAACCAUUUCAUGAAUUGGUUGUUAUUGGUUAUGGUUUCAUUUGAACAUUGAAAUAGUUCUUGUGGUUUUCUCUUUCUCCAAAGAACACAACUAUUUGGUGGUUUUGGUUUUUUCAAUCCAAUUGUUUUUCCAGCAUAUUGGUUUUUUGUUGUUGUUUUUGAAAUGUACAGAAAGAAGUUGAAAUGGUUGUGGUAGUGGUUAAAACCAAUUGAAAAACAAUGGUUGUGGUGGUUUUAUUUGGUUUUGGUUUUGGUGGUUUUAAGCCCUGGUACCCUGUUACACCCCUGGUCUGUUAGCUGUGUAUUCCAAGUGGGAGUGGCUUGGUGGGGCGUUUAUCAAAUAAAUAUGUGCUUUUAAUGCCCUAACCCUCCAUGUGAAUUCACAGCCGAAUAGUUAGGGCAUCUAGGUAGGAACAGGAAUAUUGUAGCCUGUAGGGACCCGGGUUCGAAUCCCCAUGAGGUAGGUAGGUAGGUAGGUAGGUAGGUAGGUAAGUGACAGAUUUUUCAAAGGAAAUAUGGGAUAGGUAAAUGCUUCGGAGUGGGUAUAAAUUGAAUUAUGAAUUUUAAUUUUAAAAAAUUGAGUUAUGAAAUACAUUAUGAUAAUAUCAUUUUUUUGCUAAAUCAAUUUUCAUUUCAUUUAUUCAAAUACUUUUAUAGCCUCUAGCUGUAAGUGUAAGUAAAUUAAAAAUUACCUUGACAUGAGUAAUUUAUACUUUUUAUGAUAGAAAAAUUACUUUAAGAUGAGUCAGUUUUACACAAUUAUUGGUUUAUGUAAUUUUUAUUAUCAUGCUUUGGUAAAAAUAUUGAAACAAAAUGAUUUUUACUAUUGGUAUAGCGAAAUUUAUUAAAAUGAUAAUUUUUACUAUAAGAUCACAGUAAACAUUAUUAUUGUAACUGAACAGUUGGUUCGAAACAAAUUCUAUCAUAAUAUGUAGGUACCUAUUUUUGAAUGGGAUCUGGUUAUUGUGCUAAAAUAGUGAAAAAAUUUGUAAAAAUUACCCAUAUUUUUUUCGUGUAAUUUAGAGGCAAUGCGAAUUCUGAACAUAUUUUAAGAUUUAAUUAGAAUCAAAGUCUGAAAAUUUAUUGAAAACUUUAUGAAAUUGUAGCAAUGCGGAAUUCAGGAAAUUGAUUUGAAAUUUUGUAAGUUUUAAAACAAUGCAAACUAUGAAAAGCAACUAGAAAUUUCUUAAUUUAGAGGCAAUGCGAGCUUAGAAAUGAUGAAGAUAUUUGUCAAAAAAUUUUCACCUUCUUAAGACAUAUCGGAAUUUAUGACCUUGUUUAAAGAAACUUUAUUUAUUUAUUUAUUAUUUUCAAUGUUAUUGAUUUGUGAAUUGUUCUUCUUUUUACUUUUGUUAUCUUUUUCAUUUAUUAUUUGUUUAUUCGCCUACUUAUUUAAUUGGUAUCCGAUUGUCUAUCUGUGGUUUAUAUGUACAUUUUGCUCUUUUGAGUCACUAUAUUAUUAUUAUAUGUAAAAAAAUUUUGUAAACAAACUGUGGACGCUAAAAGGCCUAGAUUCUAAUGCGUCCUUAA